AUGUCUCCGGCAGGGUCUAGUAGGUGGUGUCCGACACCGGAGCAAGUGAUGAUAUUAGAAGAGAUGUAUAGGGGUGGGAUUAAAACCCCGAAAGCAUCUCAAAUACAACAGAUCACUUCACACCUCUCUUUCUAUGGCAAGAUAGAAGGCAAAAAUGUGUUUUAUUGGUUCCAAAACCAUAAGGCCAGGGAGAGGCAGAAGCUUAGAAGGAAACUUAGCAAGCAACUUCAAUUACAGCAACAACUUUAUCAUCACUACUUUGAUUCUCUGCAUUCUCCUUCUUUUCAACAUCUUCCUUACUAUAACUCACCCAGUCCUUUUCCACAGGUAGGGGUUCAUGAGGGUGCAGCGAAAGCAGAAAAGCAGCAGAUGAUGAACUACACGUGGAAGUUGGAUGUACCUAAAAGAGCAGACAUUGAUAAGUCUAUGAUGAACAUGUACGGUGGUGAUUGGUUGAUGAUGGUUGAUUUGGGUCCCUCUUUAUCAUCAUCACCGUGCUACUUCGCCACCACCAGACCUCCCCUUAAAACCCUCGAACUUUUCCCAGUCACAGCUUCCAGUCUCAAGGAAGAGUGCAACAACAGCUAA